AUUUGGUAUUUUUCGCUAGAAGUUGAACACACAAUUAAGUAGGUGAGGAACCCCAUUUUCUUCCGUCUUUUGCUGAUUUGAGCUUUGGAGCAAUCGAAAAUCUGAAUCUGAAAGCGGAAAGAUCCCACUUUUCUUUCACAAAUCCUUUAAGGAGAGAUGGCUUCAGAUAAGAAGAUCCUAGCUUUCGAAGAAGUCUCACAGCACAACAAAACCAAGGAUUGUUGGCUUAUUAUCUCCGGCAAGGUGUAUGAUGUGACCCCAUUCAUGGAUGAUCAUCCUGGAGGAGAUGAAGUGUUGUUGUCUUCAACAGGGAAAGAUGCUACGAAUGAUUUUGAAGACGUUGGUCACAGCGACACCGCGAGGGACAUGAUGGAGAAAUACUACAUUGGUGAGAUCGAUUCGUCUAGUGUUCCAGCUACGAGGACAUACGUUGCGCCGCAGCAACCGACGUACAACCAAGACAAGACACCAGAAUUCAUUAUCAAGAUCCUGCAGUUCCUUGUUCCAAUCUUGAUCUUGGGUCUGGCUCUUGUUGUCCGUCAAUAUACCAAGAAAGAGUAGAAGCUAAGGCUUGCGUUUUGCUUGCCAUUGAAAUAUCUCUGUAUUUCUCUGAAGAUACUGUUGUUUGGUCCAAGACUGCAUCUGCAUCUGUCCUUACUGAUUAUUCUAGUUGAAACUACUACGAACCAGUAAUCAAUGUGUUGCUAGUUUUGUUGAUUCUAUGGUGAAAUGUUUUUAACUUUGAUGAUAUCUAAUAAGGGAGUGCUUCUUUAUCA